AUGCAUUCUGAUUACAAGCUACCCACUGUUGAAUUUAUUGAUCCGAUAAUUUCCGCCGAGAUACGAGACAAAAUUGAAGAUCCAGAAUUGUAUUCACUUGUCAAUAAGUUCAUGAUUCAUGGUCCAUGUGGAGCUGAAAAUAUCAAUUGUCCAUGCAUGGUGGAGAAAAAAUAUCCUUCUGUGGUGAGACUACUUUUUCAUCUUCCUAAUCAACACCAGAUUGUAUAUGGCGAAGACGAUGAUAUUAACGAUGUUUUGGACAAAUCUUCUAUUGCUGCUUCAAAGUUCACAUCUUGGAUGGAGUGUAAUUCAAUUAAUAGCGAAGCACAAGAACUUAUAUACGUUGAAUUUCCUACAAAGUUUGUUUGGAAAUUAAAUGUUAAAGGUCCGACGUCGUUUGAUGAACUUCGCACGGUAAAUGGUGAAACACAUUCUUCUUUUAGAGAUGCUUGUUAUGCACUUGGACUAUUAGAUGAUGACAAGGAAUACAUCGAUAGGCCGUUUGGGAAAAUACAGGGGAAUAUUUGGCGGAUGGAAUUCUAUAUAACCAAUGACAAAGACUUAUCACUUACUAAAGAUGAACUUAAGAACUUAACUUUGUUCGAAAUAGAACAAAUUUUAAUUCGAAACAACUCCACUCUCAAAAAGUUUACAAAGAUGCCUUACCCAGACGUUGAAUUAGUUUCUUCUUCAAACAAUCAACUUAUCACCGAGGAGCUAGAUUACGACAUUCCUGUUAUAAAGAAUGAGUUUGAUCGUAUGUUUCUUGCAUUAACAAAAGAGCAACGUCACAUUUUCCUUGACAUCAUGAGUGUUGUUAAAGAAAAUAAAGGAGGUGUCUUCUUUGUUUAUGGUUAUGGUGGAACGGAUGGUGAGCUGGCUAGCUUAUUAAGAAAAGCCUCUUUGAUAAUUAGGGAUGAAGCACCUAUGGUCCAUAAGCAUGCAUUUGAAGCUUUAGAUCGAACUUUGAAAGAUGUAUUAAGGUGUGAAAAUUCUACCAUUUCAAAUAUUCCUUUUGGAGGGAAAGUUACUGUCUUUGGAGUAGUGGCGGAGCCAGGGUCAAAGUAA